ACUGUGCGUAAAACAUCCUAUAAACCUUGACACAUUCCAUGUGUGCAAUUCCACCUGUUGUGCUGUUGUGCUCUGCAGUAAAUAAACAUUUAUCCUGAAAAACAGACAAAUACAACAUGUUGCACAAACUACAAACUGCGGCGAGAUGUUCCCGACGUUUUGCCUCCGCUUGUACUAGCGCCAGCCCAAAAGUGGUUCAUCGCCAAAUCAAUAAACUGCUCAUAGCUAAUCGUGGAGAAAUCGCGUGCCGUGUGAUGCGAACAGCCAACCGGCUUGGCAUACGUACGGUUGCUGUGUUCUCCGAUGCGGACGAAAAAUCGCUUCACGUGAAACAAGCGAACGAAGCGUACAACAUUGGCCCGGCAGCAUCCCAACAGUCCUACCUUCGGGGAGAUAAAAUUUUGGCAGUGGCCAAAAACGCCGGAUGCCAAGCAAUUCAUCCCGGUUACGGAUUUCUGUCGGAGAACGUAGAAUUCGCUGAGCUAUGCCAACAGGAGGGAGUAACGUUUAUCGGUCCACCGGCAAGUGCCAUCCGGGACAUGGGCAUUAAGAGCACAUCCAAACACAUUAUGUCCGCAGCUGGAGUGCCGAUCAUCAAUGGGUAUCACGGAGAAGAUCAGUCGGACGAGAGGCUUAUGCAAGAGGCACAAAAGAUAGGGUUUCCGCUGAUGAUCAAGGCAGUUCGUGGUGGUGGAGGCAAAGGUAUGCGCAUUGCCGAAACUGAAGCUGAUUUUAUGCCCAUGUUGCAAUCUGCCCGCACAGAAUCGGAAAAAGCUUUCGGUGAUAGCGCAAUGCUGCUGGAACGCUAUGUACGAUCGCCAAGACACGUUGAAGUGCAGGUGUUUGCCGAUCACUAUGGCAAUGCGGUCUACCUGUACGAACGUGAUUGUUCAGUGCAGCGGCGACAUCAAAAGAUUAUUGAAGAAGCACCUGCACCGGGACUAUCGGAGGAGUUACGAAAACAGCUCGGUGAAGCAGCAGUUCGCGCCGCCAAAGCAGUAAAUUAUGUCGGUGCUGGAACGGUAGAAUUCAUACUGGAUAAAGAAGAUCUAUCGUUUCACUUCAUGGAAAUGAACACACGCUUGCAAGUUGAGCAUCCAAUCACGGAAAUGAUCACCGGGACGGAUUUGGUAGAAUGGCAGAUCAAGGUAGCAGCAGGCGAGCCUUUGCCGGUGAUGCAGGAAGAUAUCGUGAAGCGCGGGCACGCUUUCGAAGCUCGUAUUUAUGCCGAGGAUCCAGCCGGUGGCUUUCUUCCGGGUGCCGGCCCUUUGGACUACUUAUCGACUCCGGAACCAUCGAAUACAACGCGCGUUGAAACUGGCGUUCGUCAGGGCGAUGAGGUUUCCAUCCAUUACGAUCCGAUGAUCGCGAAGUUGGUUGUUUGGGGUGAAAAUCGGGCCAGCAGCUUGCAGCUGUUGAUCGAACAGCUGACCAACUAUCAGAUAGCUGGUUUGCAAACCAACAUAAACUUUCUGAUCGAUCUUGCACGGCAUCAACAUUUCCAAGCUGCAGACGUGCAUACGGGAUUUAUCGAGCAGCACAUGGACACACUGUUUCCGAAAAAAGUAAUACCUUCGGAGAAGGUAGUUCAGAUGGCGUUAACUCACAUACUAAACGAGCGCGUACAAGCUGGGGCCAGUUUGGGAAAGAAAACUGCUAGCCCAUUCGAUACCGAGUACGGUUUCCGGCCAAACUAUGGUGUGGCACGAUCGUUAAAAUUGAAAAUGGACGAUGUAGAGCAUACGGUGGAAAUAAUGACUAACGCCGAAGGGAGUUACGCUGUUCGCGUAAAUGCAAGCGAAUGGAUGAAAGUAUCGGUGCGUCGCAAACCCUAUAUGAACCGUUUCCUGCUGGAAACGAAUAUUGAGGGACACGUUUCAUGCUUCAACGCAGUCAUUUCCGGUGAAAAUAUCGCUCUUUUUGAUGAGAAUGGCAUGGUGGGAGGAGAAAUUAUUCAGCCACGCUUUCUCGUUACCGAAAGCUCGAUGGGUGGUGUGGAUGCUUCGAGUGUUACUGCCCCAAUGCCCGGUGUGCUCGAUAAAUUGCUCGUGAAGCCUGGAGACAGCGUGAAAGUAGGUACACCGGUAGCGGUGUUGAUCGCAAUGAAGAUGGAGCACGUUCUAAAAGCGGCCAAGGAUGGUGUGGUCAAAGCGAUCCCGAACGCAGAAGGUAGCAACGUUCGCAAAGGAGCUGUCUUGAUUUCAUUCGAAUGAAUAGGAGUAACCUAUUAAGCAAGAAAAGGAAUUGAUUCUGCAUUUAAUCUGUUCUAAACAGUCUGACACAAAGUGCAUUUAUUAGAAAGUAAGCAGCAGCUCGAUGAGAUACAGCUCAUUGAGAUAUGAUAGAGUAGCGCACAUUUUACCAUGCAGCGUUUAACGCUCUGAUAUAGUAGUAGUAAAAGAAACUCUACACAGGAACAAUAAUUUUAGUGACCAAAUAUCGAAGCUAUUGCUACAAAAAAAUCAUUGCCCACACCAAUACGGCUUAGCCUAAUAUUUGAUAUUUUAAAAAGUAUCAAAUUUAAAAAACUUCCACGUGCUAUAACGGGGCAGCGUUUAACGCUUCGUAGUAAGAUGAUUGUGAAUCAAAAUUUGUUAACUAAUACUUCCAUACCGUCGUAGCCUUCAAGGGACAACGAAAGUAACUUUCAGAUUUACACAAAGUGUAUAGAGCUUUUCCGCAUAGCAUUCACAACCUAACAUUCCAGAAUGAAUGAAGAAUAAAAUGUGCCAAAAAAGAAAGGAA